AUGGGCACAUGGUGGCAUAGCGUUAGCAACAUUGUGGAUCUAGAGACAUCCAAACACAGUAUAAAGCUAGUGGCACUUAGCCUCAAAACAUUUCGUACUUGUGGCAAUGGGAGAUCUUGAUCCAACUUACCUCCAAGCACCAGAGCAUAUAUCAGCUCCGAAUGUCCUCCCUAACCAACCUGAAGAAGUAAGCGUGAUCGAUCUCUCGCGCCUCGAGGACCCCGAAGAUGUCCAAAACGUUAUCUCAGAGAUCGGUGAGGCCUGUGAGAAAUGGGGCUUCUUUCAGGUGAUCAACCAUGGCGUGCCUUGCGACACAAGGGAACGAUUGGAGAAGACUGCGAAGAAGUUUUUCGAACUGCCAAUGGAAGAAAAGGUAAAGGUAAAGAGAGACGAGGAGAGUCCAGCAGGGUAUCACGAUGGAGAACACACGAUCAGCGUUAAAGAUUGGAAAGAAGUGUUCGAUAGUUUCUUGAAAGAUCCAACAGUGAUUCCUUCUUCCACUGAUCUUGAAGAUGAUGGCUUAAGCCUUCUUUACAACAAGUGGCCUCAGUUUCCUUCUGAUUUGAGGGAAGCAAGUGAAGAAUAUGCAAGACACGUUGAUAAAUUAGCGUUCAAACUCUUAGAACUCAUUUCAUUAAGCUUAGGUUUACCGAAAGAGAGUUUCCAUGAUUUUUUCAAAGAACAAAUGAGUUUCUUAAGAAUAAAUCGUUAUCCACCAUGUCCAAGACCUGACCUAGCUUUAGGUAUUGGUCCGCACAAAGACAUAACUGUUCUAACUAUAUUGGCUCAAGAUGAAGUCGGAGGACUACAAGUGAGUCGUAGAUCGGACGGUGUUUGGUUUCCCGUGAAACCCGUCCCUAAUGCUCUUGUCAUCAAUAUGGGCAAUUGUUUUGAGAUAUGGACGAAUGAUAAGUAUUGGAGCGCAGAGCAUAGGGUGGUGGUGAACACAACAAAAGAGAGAUACUCAAUACCAUUCUUCUUGUUUCCUUCACACGAUGUGGAAGUGAAGCCAUUAGAAGAGCUUGUGAGUCCUGAAAACCCUCCAAGGUACAAAGGCUAUAAUUGGGGUAAGUUCUUCGCCAGUAGGCUCAGAAGCAUGUAUCAAAAACUGGAUACCCACACCAUCCAAGUCGAUGACUUGAAAGUUAUAACAUAAUUGACUCCAUGUCAUGUUUUUUUUUUUAUCUUUUCCGUGCCAAUCAUUUUCAUCAAAUAAUAAUGUGUGUGGGUGUGAAUUUGUUUCCGAACCAAUAAACAGGAUCACUUCGAUGUAUUGGAAGUGGCAAGAUUUGUUUUCUUUUUUCUUCCUUUAAUGUAUGGCAACAGAAAAUUUAUAAUAAUAAAAAUAAGAGUUUUUGUU